UUAAUCCUCAUAAUCUUUCUGUUUCACUACAACUAACUGCUAAAAAACCCAGAUUUUCUCCCAAGAAAUCAAACCGCCUGCUUCCAUGGCUACUACCACCGCCGCAAUAAUCUUUUUCUCUCUCCUGGUCACAAUUUCCGCCACCAUUACUUCCGCCAUUCACCUCAAUUUUACCACCUUCAACAUCGCCCCAACCCCAUCUCCCAUCUCACAACCACCACUUCCUUCACUCUCCGACCUCCCACAACCACCGCCGACUCACCUCCAAGAUUCACCGCAGCAACAACAAUUCAACUCCAUUAUCGACUCAAUUGUCGGCGCCGGCGACUUCAGCAACUGGGCUAACCUUCUUGCUCAGGCGGACCCGUCUCUUUUCCCUCUCACCGCCACCUUGUUCGUUCCAGAAGACGGCGCUUUUCUUCCCGGAAACGCCCCUCCUCCAGCCACCUCCGGCAAUUCCAUCGACGCACUUCUCUUCCCUUACCACAUCGUUCCUCGGAGGUUCACUUUCGCCGAACUCCGGCAGUUUCCAUGUGGGGCCCGCCUCCCUACUCUCCUCCCCGGGAAAACCCUCCUGAUAACUAACACUUCUGCCAGCAACUACACCAUAAACGGAGUCCUAAUCGGGCACCCGGAUCUCUUUCAAAGCUCCAUCGUUGCCGUUCAUGGAAUCAAGAAUGUUCUUGAUUAUGAGAUAUUCGGUGAAGAUGCUGCCUCGCCGGGAAAUUCUGUUGCCUUGCCGGAAAAUACGCCAGACACAAUCCUCUCCUCUCCAUUACCUGAGUUGAAACAGAAUCCAAGAAGGCCAGAAAACGAGGUGAGCUCGGCUGCUAAGGCUCAAGGAGAGAUGUAUAUGGAUGAUGUUGGUACUAUUCUGGGUAUUGUUUCUUGGCCUGUAUUGAUCUUUUUACUACUUGCAAUCUUGUAGUUGCUGUUUAGUGUGCAUAAUCUGAUAAGACUGAGUAAUCUUGUGUAAUUGAUGUCCAUAAUCUGGGAGAUGUUAGUUGUUAAAUUGAUCUUGUAAUAAUAGACUUGAUCUGAGUAUAUUCAAUUUUGGAUGUAGAAAUACUGUUAGAUUGUGAAUUCUAUCACAUACUGUGUGUAUUGAGAAUUUGGAAGCUGAAUAAAACACUUACUUUCUUGAUGAA